UAGUUAUUGGUAGUUGCCUCCGCGCGCCUCUCCAUUUUACAAAAUGACGAAAUAAUAUUGCGACUAGAGUCUAGCUAGUAGACGCGAUACAUACACCAACUCCCGUUGGCUCCAUAUAAAGCAGCUGCCUCGUUGUCGUUGCUCGGCCAGUCUCCUUAGCUUUGCUGCUGGCCAUCCAGACCUAUCCAAUCCAUCAGCAUCCAUGGAUGAAGUGUGGCGCGGCCUAGACCUGCAGCUGCAGGCGGGCGACAUCGACGGCCUCCACCCUGUCUCUGACCCCUUCUGGCCAGCACUAGCAGAGUAUGGGUGCUCUGCCAGCUUCCUCGCCGCCGUCGACGACACCGCCUGCUUCGGCAUCGCCAACAUGGACCUCACGGCGGCCUCCGCCGACGCCGCCGCCGGCAAAUCGGAUGGCGUGGACACGAGCGCCUUCUUCGCCCACAACGACCACCGCGGCGCCCUGCCGAUGCGCCAAGACGAGCAGCAGCCAGUGUACUCGUCGUCGUCGCUGUCCUCCACGCGCUCUCUCUCCAUCGACAGCGGGGGCUCCUCCUCCACGUUCUUCCCGCUCGACUACGACGCUGUCGCCGCCUUGCCCGCCGCCACCUUCUCGCCGGCGCCCCUGCAGCUUCAGCAGGACCCGUUCGCCGGGGACGAAGAGGCCAUGAUGCUGGCCAUGCUGGCCGUCAUCUCCUCCGCCGCGUCCACGUCGCCCUCCUCCUCCGAGUCCUCGUCACCGCUGCACAGAGCCGCCGCCGCCGUGCAGCCGCGCCUACACCCUCACGGCGGGGACGACAGCGCCAGCCACGUGACUGUCAGGAGUACCAGCCUCGCCGUGGCGCCGGAGAGGACCACCAGCGCCGCCGACGCAGCAGGGCAGCAGGACGACGCCUGCAAGGCGGCUGCGGCGGCGGCGGGGAGCAACAACAGCAGCCAGGUGUACCACAUGUUGUCCGAGAGGAAGAGGCGGGAGAAGCUCAACGGCAGCUUCCACACGCUCAGGUCGCUCCUCCCGCCGUGUCCCAAGAAGGACAAGACGACGGUGCUGAUGAACGCGGCGAGCUAUGUAAUGGCGCUGGAGGCGCAGGUAUCGGAGUUGGAGGACAAGAACAGCAAGCUGCAGAGGUACGUCCCCUGUGGGGACGGCGGCGGCGGCGGCGGCGCCACCACGGCCACGGCGGCACACCGGAGAGCCAGAGUUCAUAUCUCCAGGGCAGCGUCGGACGAGCAGCAGGUGAGCCUGAUGGUGAUGGUAAUGGUGGAGUGCGACAUCGUGGACCUGGUGUUGCACGUCCUGGAGCGCCUCCGUUGGACGAGCGGGGUCAGCGUGCUGUCCGUCAACGCCGACACCUACUCGCCGCAGGCGCUGCUCAAGGCGCUCGCCAACAUCAAGCUGCACAUCAUGGACACGGCGACUGCUGGAACGAGGCGCUGUUCCGCGAGGCCGUGACGGAGGCCGUGCACGAAGCGACCUUGUCUCACCCCUCAAGUUCCUGCACCGGUGUGGCGCCCCUCGUGGCUGCAGCCUAGGCAGGAGCUAGCAGGGCGAUCCAGUAAGCUCCUGGAUGCCUCAGAUCUUCUGCCAAAGGUUUGCUGUGUAGUGAGCCUAUGAGGCGACCGGUUCAGCCGCCAUAGCCGUGCGACGUGUGCCUUGGGAGUCGUCGUCGUCGACGACGACCAUCGAAGCGGUAAAACUUAUUGGCGGUCCGCGCCUCGCCGGUGACGGACAUGGAAGACAAUGAGAAGGGACAUCGAAGCAUACAACUUAUCGGUGGUUUUAGACAAUGUACAAUCUCAUUUAAUACACCGUUUCUUGAGUGGUCUAUAGGGAGUCAAAUGUAAAAAAUACAAGAAAUAGGUUCUUUGGACAUACAUAAUGUCUCUUGAGAUAGGUUCAUUGGGCAUACAAUAAUAGUAGCAAUUCAUUUUGGAGAUGAGCUUUCUUUUGCUACUUGUGAAGAAUUUCUUUUUUGUUGAGUCAAACAUGAUGCCCCUUUGUUGAGACUUGUAUGCAUCUUUGUGGUUUUCCUAAUCAUGAGAGCAAGUUUGACA